AUGGAUGGAGCGCAUCAAAGCAUUGUUUUCUACCAGAACCUAGUGUUCCACAGGGUAGUUGAGGAAGACCCCGUGGUGGAGGUAGCCCCCAGUGAUGGGCCCGAAGAAUACGUGGAUACGGACUAUGAUUUUGAGGAAUCCGAUGAGGAGACUGAUACAGACUAUAUACGCUCCCUUAAGGAAGAAAUAACCAAUCUCAAGCGGCAACUAUUUGCGGCCGAAGCUAGAGCCGUUCGGGCCGAGCAAAGGGAAGAUGUAAUCACCCAAGAGGUGAACGAUGUGGCCGAACUUAUGAUAAGUCAGCUCGAUGAUUAA